GAGAGAGAGAGAGAGAGAGAGAGAGUGUGUGUGUGUGUGUGUGUGUGUGGAGGGGAUGUAUAUUGACUCCAGGCAGCGGUGGAGUGUGUUCAGUGUGUGUGAGACAGAGCACGAGAUGGAACAUCGGGACAGAUGAAGACUGCAAAUGGUCCUUCCUGUGUGUUGGUCCAGAUGAGUGUGUCCAAAGCUCCUCCCAGCCACUCCCACUUCCCGUCUGGAGGUGGUCCUUCCUCUCAUCUGACCCUCCCUCCACCAUCUUCCUCCUCCUCCAUAUCCCCCUCCCCCUCAUCAGUGUCCCCGCCCUCUGCCCCCCCUCCCCCAUCUCCAGUGAAGAUCUCCAUGCAGGAGCAUUUUGCUAUUAACGUGUGUCCUGGUCCCAUACUUCCCAUUCCGAACCUGUCCGACUUCUUCCCACGCUACCACGCCUUUCCGACCACACCCCCUCCACCCAGGGAGAAACCUGUCGCCCGACCCAGAGAGAAAGACAGAGAGAAGGAUGAGGACAGACAGGAGGAUGGAGAUGAGAGAGAGGGCAUGGACUCUGAUGAUGAUGACACAUACCUGGGCACUUUGGGGUUCAGCCUGCUGUUUGAUCAGGAAAACAACUGCCUGCACUGCACUAUCCAUAAGGCAAAGGGACUAAAGGCCAUGGACUCCAAUGGACUUGCUGACCCUUAUGUGAAGCUUCACCUCCUGCCUGGAGCAAGCAAGGCCAAUAAAUUGCGUACGAAGACCCUGAAGAAUACACUGAAUCCAGUUUGGAAUGAGACCCUGAUCUAUCAUGGCAUCACCGCUGCUGACAUGACAACAAAAACUCUCAGGCUUUGUGUGUGUGAUAUGGACCGUUUGGGUCGUAAUGAGUUUAUUGGCGAAGUGCGAGUUGCAUUAAAGAAGCUCAAAGAAGGAGAGAGCAAACGAUACAACAUGGGACUGGAGAGAAUCGCACAGGUGCGAGAAGGUAACAAUCAGACGGUGGAUCAAAGUUCUCAACUAGCUGAGGAGGAGAGGGGACGUAUCCUGGUGUCCCUGUGUUAUAUCAUGGAGAAGUCAUGCUUGGUGGUUGGGAUCAUUCGCUGUGCUCACCUCGCUGCAAUGGACUCUAACGGCUACUCCGACCCCUUCGUCAAGAUUAUUCUUCAGCCAGAUAUGGGGAAAAAGUCCAAGUAUAAAACAUCAGUGAAGAAAAAAACCUUGAACCCGGAGUUUAAUGAGGAGUUUAUAUACGAGGUUCCUCACGAUCAACUGGCCAAGAAGACUCUGGAAAUUUCCGUGUGGGAUUAUGACCUGGGAAUGAGCAACGACUUCAUCGGAGGAGUUGAAUUGGGGAUCAAUGCUAAAGGAGAGCGACUGAAGCACUGGUUUGAGUGUCUUAAAUACAAAGGAAAGAAAGUGGAGUAUUGGCACACGCUCACACAGCAAGGGGCCCCGAGCAGCGACUAACACACACGCGCACACACGCGCACACACACAUACACACGGAAGAGUACGAGUAAUAAUGACAUGAUGCAAUAAACACACUCAUGAAAACACUCCGGAUGACGAGGCGGUGUCUAGAUGUCACAGUGUUCUUGUGUAUCUGAAAACACACACAGGAGACAAUUCGAGAGACGACGCCAAUGACAUCACAUGCUUCUGAACCGUAAUGAAGUGUGUGUCAUGGACAAUUUGCACAUCAGUUAAAGCACAACCAAGGCUGGAUUUUGUCCUCGUGUAUUUGUUUGUAUUUGUGUGUCUUUGUGUGUGUGUGAGUGCGUGUGUGUGUGCGUAUGUGUGUGUGUGUAAUGUUUUUGUACAUGAUUUCCUUACAUCUUCAAUGUAAUCAGUGAUGUACAGAGAGAAGUGGCACACACACACACACACACACACACACACACACACACACACACACACACACAUACAUACAGGCCUGGAAUAAGCUAGCAUGAGAACCUUUAAUCUCCUCAUCAGGAUUAUUGAGUGUGUGUGUCAUCAUCACUGGACUGUGAAAAUCGACAAAAAUCUGUACAGUGACAUGAACGUUGUUGUGUUUGUGUGUCUGUCUGAACGACCUUGUUGUGUAACGUGUGUGUGCUCAGUCUACAUUGGAUGUGACCUUCAAAAUGUGUCCCUGUUCUAAAAAUGCACACUGAUGUUGAUGUUAAUGAUGAUGAUGUUGAUGAUGAUGAUGACGAUGAUGAUGAUGAUGAUGAUAGGUCUCUGCUGCCCUCUGCUCAUGCAGCAUUUGAAUUGCUCAACACUCACACACUCCAUCCAUCAUCCAAACAUCAAGCACAAGACACAUCAAAAUGCAGAAAUGGCAAUAAGAGAAGAUCAACCACGUUCUUGGAAGCUUCACCACCAACUGAAGCAGUUUGAAAGAGCUUAAUUACCAAUAAACAACCUACAAAUAUCUCAGCCACUGAUCAUCAAAUCACACAAGACCUGAAAUAAAUCAGACCUUCUCUUAAGAUCUGAAACAUUAAAUCAUUCCAUCGGCAUCUGAAGUUCAACUGGCAACUUAAACCAGUCCAGAGUUCAUCCACUACCUACACAGCAUCUGAGGAAUUCAACCACCAAACAAAAAGCAUCUGAAGACUACCAGUGUGACAGAAUCUCAAGAACAGGACCAGAGUUCUGUUGUCACCCAGUCCAGAAGCUUCAGAAGAGUUCAUCUACACACACACACACUACAUGAACAUCCAAGAAGCUCAUAAAACAUAAAAAACACACCAGAAAUGAUCGAAAUGAUUAAAAAGCCUCUAAAGACGUUUUAAAGAGUUUCACCGCCAAUCAACCAGCUUCCAGAUCCACUUGGUUGGUAUUUUUGUUCAAUCAGUGACUUCCAGGAAGAUCUCCACUUCUCCACAACUCUGGAUUUAGUGCAGAAUCUGUAAGGAUGCAGAAUGUGACAAAGAACUGUGUUUUCAGCUCUGAGUUUACACAAAGGUUUCUUUUCUUUGAGAAUGUUUCAAUGUCAAAAGAUCUGCAUGAAGAUGUUAUGUAUCCUCUACUAAAGACUUCAUCAACCAAGAGUCCAGCAGCGCUGGAGAUUAUGCAAACUGGACGUUUUUGCAAGCCAUGUGUCUUUAUUUUGGUGUGUGGAGACAAGCCCUAAAACAGGGCGCUCCUUGAGUUUGAGCUAGUUCAUAAAGAUUCAGGCUCUGUCCACACACACACACAUACACACACACACUCACACACACACACACACACACACGCACACACACACACACACACAUACACACACAAGUGUUUUUGAACACACAGUUUUUCUGAGUUUCAACAUCUUACCAAAAAAAAAACAACAUUCUUUCAUUUUACAGCGUGGUGUUUUCAACUUUUGUUCUUUGUUCUGCUCAAAUAUCGCCACCUACAGGGCUGGUGCUCACUGAGCUGCAUGUGUGUGAGUGUGUGUGUGUGUGCAUGUGUGUGUGCGAGUGAGUGUGUGUGAGUGUGUGUGUGCAUGUGUGUGUGUGCGAGUGUGUGUGUGUGUGUGUGUGUGUGUGUGAGUGAGUGUGAGGGUGUGCGUGAGUGUGUGUGUGCGUGUUUGAGUGAGUGUGAGUGUGAGUGUGUGUGUGCGUGUGCGUGAGUGUGUUUGUGUUUGUGUGUGUGUGUAAGAGUGAGAGUGUGAGUGUGUGAGUGUGUAUGUGUGUGCGUGAGUGUGUGUGUGUGUUUGUGUGCGUGUUGCGUGAGUGUGUGUGUGUGUAGACGGGGCCUGAGAGACAUAUGCAAAAAAAAUCAGUGUAUCUUUGUGUUUCUUUAACGACGAGUCAGAUUUCAGUUCAGUGAGUGAGCAUUAAAUAUAAAUAUAAAUAUAAAUAUUAAUAUUAAUAUAAAUCUACAGUAUAAAAGUAAUAUUACAAAGAUGAUUGCUGCAUGCCUGUGUCACGUGCACUGUUUAACAUGCCAUCACCUAGCUGGCUGUAGAACUGCUUUAUUUAUUUGUUUGUUUGUUUGUUUGUUUAUUUAUGUAGUUAUUUGCACAGGGAUGAUUAAGGCUGUUUUAUAGUAUAGCUUUUAUGUCCCAGAUCUUCUUCUAUCUUACUCUCAUGUGUCCUUAAACACCGUCUCUGUGGAAUGUGUCCUGUGGCCAUCGUGUGGUCAGUCUUUGUAACUGCAUCUCUAAAAUAAAACAAUAAUAAAAUGAACUGUGACGCAAUGAAACUCCA